AAUUUAUUGUGCAUAGUAAAUGCAAGUGGUUUCCCCGGUAUGUGGGCAUAUAUUGAAAAAAUUCCGUUUUGACGCGUUUAACAUAAUUAAUGCAUUGAUUGUAACAUAUUGUUAUUGUUUAGUUUUCACCGGCAGCAAAAAUACUAUGUUUUUAAGGAUUGUUAUUUGUAGACAUAAAAUUACAAUAGUGUACUUCAAAUUGGAAAGAUAAGCGGGGUGGGAUUGGACUUCUAAAGUAAACGGGAACGCCUACUGAAAACUUGCGGCGACAAAACCUUAAAAACAAAUCGAAUAUUCUUAUCUUCAUAGUCCAAAGUUACUUAUUAAAAACACAUAUUUUGUACAAAUAAACACACUAAUAUGCUAAUAGUCAACAUUUGAAGAAAAAAUUGGUUAAAGUACGCAACAAAAUGUCUGCCAAAAUAAAUGACACGCCCACACCGCAAGAGAUGACGUCAGCUGCAACAUCGCUGUUGUUACCAACUGCUAUAGGUGGGAGUGAUGGAUUAAGUUGCGAGAUAAAGCAUGAACCUCCCGAAGAUAUCGAUGAUCGCCCAGCAAGUAUUUUAAAUUUUCAAAACGUUAGCAAUACAAAUCCCAAUGAACGUACAGAUAGUCCUAAAAUUCGUCUUACACCAACAAUUAAGCUGAUGCCCAUACCAAAUCCGGUAGAUCCCAAACGAAGGUUUGCUUGUCCGUAUGAGAAUUGCACGAAAAGUUAUGGAAAGAGUUCUCAUCUACGUUCACAUUUAACCUGGCAUACUGGCAUCAAACCUUUUGUUUGUUCACAACAAAACUGUGGUAAAGGAUUUACUAGAUCCGAUGAGCUUAAUCGUCACGUGAGAACGCAUACGGGAGAAAAACCGUUUGAAUGUAUACAGUGCACAAAGAAAUUCUCUCGUAGUGACCAUCUCACAAAACACCUUGCUACUCAUGCUAAACAGAUGCAAAAUUGUUCUAAAAAAGUACGAGUACAUGAAGAGGGAAAUCGUUCCAAAAAGGGAUGUUAUUUAAAUGAGUCAUCUGAUUCGAAAAAUAGCUUUGAUGAUUCAGAUUUCCCUAACGAAACGGAAGAAUAUAGCAACGGGAUGCAUUUUAUGGCAGCUCUAAUUGAAAACUGUAGUCAGUCUAAAGAUGUAACGUCUGAAGCUGAAGUUAAACAAGUGUCUGAAAAACUUACGUCUGAUUGCUUACUGGAUCACAAACCUAUAAAAAUAAAACUAGAACGACCGGAAAAUAGCGAAGAGUACCAUAUAGUGCCACCCGAAACAGCUGAUCAAAAAAAACAAAAUUCCUCAGUUUUGGUCUCGGAAGAUCAAAUGUCUUCUGAAUUCGUGACACAUACAAUGAAAAAGCAAAAUUCUGAUACGAUGGAACAACGUUUAACAGUGCUAUCUGGGCAGGGUGCAUUUAUGGGGUGGCCCCAACUAGGAAAAGAUACUUCGGAAGAUUUAAUUGAUCCCCACCGUCCAUGUCGGUGCAAUCUUUGUAAAAAGUCAUUUAAACGACAGGAUGAUCUCAAUCGCCACCUUCGUACGCACACUGGAGAGAAACCUUUUAUAUGCACGGAAUGUGAGCGACGGUUCAUGCGUAGUGAUCAUUUAAAAAAACAUGUUAAAACUCAUACUAAAUGUCGGUAGUUAUAUUAAGCAAAUAGUAAACGUAUGUUAUAUGGAUAAAUAAAUAUAAAUGCAUAAUACUAAAUGAGUUAUACAAUCUAAAAUAUUUGGAUGGUUAUUAUGUAAUCGACGAGUUUCUUUCGCAAUGUGAGUAAUAAGUCAAAAUAUUAACUAUUAUAAUUUGGCAGAAAAUGGAAACAUAUUUAUUGAGAUUUCCAAAAUUUUACAUCUUGCCAUAAAUAUAUCGCGUACAGAAAUCCUUACAAAAGACUUCCCUUAGUCUGGAAAUCGUCAAUCAAUCAUUAGAAAAAAAUAUAUUAUUGCUUUGCUUUAUUAAUGCUUUAUUUCCAGGAUAAACGGUGCAAUCUUAAGUUGUGUGUAUAAAGUAAAAUAUAUAUGUAAAGUAAGAGUUAUAUAUUGAUCUCGGAUAUUCACAUUGUUAAAAACAUUUAUCCGCAAAAUACUGAAUCAUUUAUUAAUUGAAAAUAUGGGUAUUAUUUAAAAAUUAUAAAGCUUACUCAACUUUUUAAUAUUUUAAUGACUGUUGUCAAAAUUAAUGUGUAUAUAGUUUUUUUUUAUUAUGUUUAAAAACUUUUAUUAUAAUGUAUUUAUAAUGUUUAUCUACAAAAAAUAAAUAUUUUUCAUUUACAUACAUACAUACACAUAUGUAUAUACAAUUGUGCACAAAAAAAAGAAGUGAUCACAUGUACGAAGCGAAACUUUAAAUUAUUAUUAAGAAAAAUAUUUUUUUGUGUCAAAAUUUGUACACAACAUAUUCACCAAUGAUGUAUUAAAAUUUAUGCUAAAUAAAUUGGAAAACCUAGUUCCAUAUAAAAAUAGGAUAA